AUGAAACGUCGAGAAACAGUGCAGAGACCAAGGCAUAUUGGAGAUCGAAAUGAUCACCACCCUACCGCUGGAUACUGUAGUGCAGAAUUAGUUGACCUGGACGAACAAUCGCCAACGUUCUGCGAAGCUACUGUUCGACAACAAUUUAGCACAACAGCUUUCCGUCCUGUUGGCUCAAGUACUAGUCCAGCACAGGCGGAGGAAGCGGUGUGUGCUGUAUGCGGCUACGAAAUUAAGGAUCAAUUCGUUCUCAGGGUGAUGUCAGAUUCAUUCCAUGAGUGCUGUCUACGCUGCGUAGCUUGCAAUCAAAAUCUUUCCAACAGUCCCACUUGCUUUUCGAAGGAUGGGCGUCUCUACUGCAGAGAGGAUCACUCAAUCUUAUUCGGCCGCUUCUGUGCAAGAUGUCAUGGAGCUUUAGCGUCACGCGAUCUGGUUUUCCGAUGUCAGCAUGCCACGUAUCAUCAACAGUGCUUUUCAUGCUUCUAUUGCCAUAUGCAGUUUAAAAAGGGAGAUGAAUAUCUGAUCGUGGAAGGAGAGAUUGUAUGUCGGAAGGACUACCAUAUGUUACUACAGAAUCAUUUACAUUCAAUGGCAGGCCCUCCCGUGCUGUUCGACUUCGAGUCAUCAGAGUCAAGCAGGAAAACUCCGAAAAGGCCAAGAACGAUACUGAACGCAACUCAACGGAAACAAUUCAAAGCAGCGUUUGAGAAAAGUGCAAAACCAUGCAGAAAGAUACGCGAACAACUCGCUAAAGAGACUGGGCUAAGUGUCCGUGUCGUGCAAGUAUGGUUCCAGAAUCAACGAGCGAAGAUGAAGAAAAUGCAACGAAAAGAAGAAAGUAAACGAGGUUCGAGUGCAUUAGACUCGGAAGGUAAAAGUAUUGAAGGCGAGAAGAGCUCGGAUGAAGAGAAUUGCUCUGAUUGUGACGAUUUGGAAAUGGAACAUCCAGAAAAACCGUAUCCAGAGAACCCAAUAGAGAAGCUCUAUCAUAUGCAUAGCACGUACUUUCAGUUCACGUGA